AUGACGUCUGAUGCAACAGCUGCAGAUAUGUGUCGAUGCGCGAAGGCAAAGGGUGACGAUAAGAUCGAAGCUGAGCUUGGUGCAACAGUAAUCUGUCCUGAUUGCCAUCUUGAGGAGUCAACGCUCCCGGAGCCCGACAAUGCCGAACAGCCAGACCUGAUCAGUGAAAAGGACGUCUAUGUCGCUUUCAAAGGCUCGUCCGCAUUGUCCAAAAUCGCAGAUAAACAUCCGAAUGAUCAGUCGAUCAGAAAGGCUGUGAGAAAGCGAGAGAAAAGCCACCAGGGAGUCAAAGACCUGAUUCGCAAGUACGGCAUUUUAAGUGUAGUGGCCGCUAUCAGGGUUUUGCUGGACGAUAAUGUCUUCACAUCCACUGAAUCAGCAAGUCGUCGAUUUCCGACCCUCUUUCCAAAAGAGCAAAUAUUGAACUGUGAACAAGGGCAAGAGACAGCAGCUGGAGACUCGUCUACGAAGAAAAUCGAGCCGCUCGAUGGUGAAUGCAACCACCCAAACGAGACAGCUGAUGGCUUUGGAGCAGGCGUAUUGCCAAACAGCCGACCUGGCCAGACUCUCCGGGAUUGUCGCCUUCUCCCCAAGCCACGACAGAGACUCAUGUUGCAGCUACAGUUAAUACUAGAGCACGCAUGUUUCUCGUUUGGACAACGAGAAAUGCAACAAACACUGGACGAAUGGGACCAUAGCUGCGCCGAGGCGAUUUCGCUACAGACUUGGAUAGAGUUCUUCCAGAACAAUAAAACAUUCAAGACCGAAGGUAAUGCUGAGUCACUCCCGAGCCUGUUCAGCUCAGUAGGCAGGAUUCAAAAUAUCAUCCUUCUUCGGCUCAACCUUAACUUCGAAGAAGUUAACCAAUUUUUACUGAAUGCCGAAGAGUUUAUACGGCUUCUCGAUACUCCAUUGUAUCUAGGCGCUGUCGAGUCGCUUAGACAGCGUACUGAAGAAGUACUUCUUAAGGCGAAUCGAGAUGCUGCCUUAAUUCAUAACGAAGCUGGUGGGAAGGUUGCAGAAAUUGAGGCUCAGAGAGAAAGGUUAAACCGGGAGGAGGAGGGCGUCAAACGUCAUCGGGACGAGAACCUGGACAACAUCCAAGUUUCCAUCGAGCGUGACAUAUUUGCAGCCAUGGGACAAGCUAAAGACACCUUACCAGGAAUUGGACUGGCGGAUAACCGUUAA